AAGAGGAGAAGGUGAGAGGCGAGGUCGCCGGCGGGGAUGAGCCGGAAGGAGGUGGUGGUGGCGGCGGCGGCGGCGGCGGCGGAGGCUGGAGGAGGCGUGGGAGGAGCGGGAGCGGAGGGAUCUUCCUCGGCGGGAGGCAGCGGCGGGGAGCUGGCGGAGGCGCUGGCGCGGCGGCGGCUGUACCGGGAGGUGACGCUGGCGCUCCGCACGGGGCUGCGCGACGCCAAGGCUGACUUCUCCUUCCUCCGCGCGCGGGGGCUCCGCAGCCUCCUCGGCUUCCUCCGCUCCGUCGCCUCCGCCACCGACGACUCGCAGCUGCUCCUCUUCCGACAUUCCCAGUCUAUCCUCGAUCUCCAAGUUAUUCCCGUUCUCUUUCAAAAUUCUCUGCAUCAACCGAAAGAAUAUCCUGUUGUGACCUUGGAUCAUAUAUUUGGAGUCGAACCAAUGAAGAUUACAAGCCCCCCAACUGAUAAUGAAAUUGCUCUUGCUCUUAGAGUUUUGGAAGGAUGUUGCCUUUUGUAUAACCGAUGCACUGCUCUGGCACACAAGUACAAGGCUGUGAAGGUAAUCUUGAAUAUAUUAGCUAACCGAGGUCCAUCUGAGCAAGGAGUGUGCUUGGACGUGCUGAUAUCAUUGAUGUUGGAUUCACCCUCCAAUCAAAUGGAUUUUGAGGAAUUCAGUGGACUUGAGAAGGUCGCAGAGCUUUUGAAGGAUGUACAAGUGGAAGAGCACAUAAGAUUGAAAUGUGGGGAGUUCCUAUUAUUGCUCAUCGGGCAUGUUUAUGCAAAGGAAAACUCUCCCAUACAUGAACAAAUGAGAAAUCUAUUUGGCGAGCAGUGUGCAUCGCUCAUAUGGGCAGCGAGUCGGUUUGGCUCCACCCUCGACGUGGAGCAGAGGCAGAUGGCCUUGCAAAUACAAGCAAGGAGAGUUGUUGAAUCCUUGGAGCCCUACUAAGACAAGCGCAUCAAUGUGUUCCUGUCUUCCUGACAAUGAGCCUAUAUCUCUGAUCCAAGCUGCUUCAUUUGUCUAUGGCAAAUAUUUGUCAUCAUGCAUUUCUGUGUAGAGCCAUUCUUAUGCUUCUGUCUGUACAAGCUUUGUUGAAAAUAUUCUGUUAGUUCAGCUUUGUUGAAAAUAACUUAUUAAUUCCAUUCCAAGAUCAUCGGCUAGCUGUAAGUACGGUUGUUAAAGAGGGGGUAGUGGUUCCCCAUUCUGUAAGCCACGGAUUAAAAAGUACGAAAUUUUGAUUUAUGGGGCAUACAAAUCUUUUGUCCCUAAUCAUUAUGCACUCA